AUGGACCCCAGCUGCUCCUGCGCCCUUGCAGGUGACUCCUGCACCUGUGCCAGCUCCUGCAAAUGCAAAGAGUACAAAUGCACCUCCUGCAAGAAGAACUGCUGCUCCUGCUGCCACGUGGGCUGUGCCAAACGUGCCCAGGGCUGUGUCUGCAAAGGGGCAUCGGAGAAGUGCAGCUGCUGCGCCUGA